CGGGAUCCGUUCGCGCCACUCAGCGCGGUUCCUGGAGAGGAAGUGAAGGCGCCACGCGCUUAUUGUUUUCCCGCGCGGUGAAGUGUGCAGGUGUGCGGAGUGACUGCACUGGCGCUCGGCUCCGCUCGGCUCGGCUCCUGUGUGCUCUGUGCGGAUGUUAAGUCAUUCAUUCGGCUUUGGUUGACUGUAGUGUGUGUUCAUUUCCAGCACGCUUCUUUCGGUCAUGUCUGGAGUGAUCCGAGGCCCUGCUGGGAGCAACGACUGCCGGAUUUAUGUGGGAAAUCUCCCCCCGGAUAUCCGCACUAAAGACGUCGAGGACGUGUUUUACAAAUACGGAGCGAUCAGAGAUAUCGAUCUGAAAAACCGGCGCGGUGGCCCUCCCUUCGCCUUUGUCGAGUUCGAGGACCCCAGGGAUGCUGAGGAUGCGGUAUAUGCUCGGGAUGGUUAUGACUAUGACGGCUAUCGGCUUCGAGUGGAGUUUCCCAGAAGUGGACGUGGGAUGGGGAGAGGAGGCUUUGGUGGCGGCGGUGGUGGCGGCGGCGGCGCUCCCAGAGGCCGAUACGGACCUCCAUCCAGGAGAUCUGAAUACAGAGUCAUUGUUUCAGGUUUACCACCAAGUGGCAGUUGGCAAGAUCUGAAGGAUCACAUGCGUGAAGCAGGUGAUGUAUGUUAUGCCGACGUUUUCCGAGAUGGGACCGGUGUAGUGGAGUUUGUGCGCAAAGAAGACAUGACCUACGCUGUUCGAAAACUGGAUAACACUAAAUUCCGGUCACAUGAGGGGGAAACCGCGUAUAUCCGUGUGAAAGUGGAUGGUCCACGCAGUCCGAGUUACGGGAGAUCAAGGUCCCGGAGCCGCAGUCGCAGCAGAAGUCGCAGCCGCAGCAACGAGCGUAGCCGCAGCUACACGCCACGCCGUGGCCGAAGCUCCCCACAGUACUCCCCUCGGCACAGCCGCUCUCGCUCUCGCUCGUAAUCCUGUGGUGCUUUGGGUUUGAGUUUCCCUUCCCCUGUUUUUGGUGAAGCUGUUCAGUCUCUUGGUUUUUAUGCCCCUCCCCCCUCCUUUUUGAAAUCUUAGUUUUAGUUUUUCCCCCCCUUGUGCCUUCCUGAUGAUGACACUUGUUUUGUUUUACUGAAUGCCCCAUACCUCCUGUCCUCCACCCCAUUUCUUAACCAUCAACACCCAUCUGGUUUUUAACAACGCUUUUUAAAGGACUACGUUUACUUCCUUCACACUUCUUUAUUGAAUACAAGAUGGAACUCUCAUUGACCAAACAAACAAUUGUUCAAUGCCUCCAAAUAUUUUUGUAAAUGCCAUCUCCUGUCUCUCACGUGAGCCCACACUCAUGAGUUUGACCCUUUUGUCUUCCUGUAGUCGCUUGAACAGAAGGAUGAACUGAUACUUUUGUAAUAAAGAAUUGAUGAAUCAUUUCAGUUACAGGUUUAAAUAUAGAACUAUUCAGGUCUUGAUUGUUUUUCUUUACCAGCAAAUCAGAGGGAUAUCGUGCUUCCUCUGAGAAGAACACAGUAGAGAUUUACACGUUUGAGCUUAAUGCUGUCAGAUGUGUGUAUAGUGUUCACUGAAUGUUUCAUGCUGUUCUGUACUUUUACAUCUGAUUUCAUUUGCCAGGUUGAUAAAUCAAGGUAGACGUUCACUUUAAGGCCGUGGCGUGUUUGGUGUGUAAGGGGCAUGGGUAUCUCAAUAAAUACAAUUUAUCAUUUA